UGCAAAUAUCAAAAAUCCACCGACCAUUUUGAAAAAAGGAGAACCGAAGUAUCCGAGUCCAGGAUGGACGCACUGUAUAAAGUACCUAAAUGCUGACGUAAGAUGGAGAAGCAUCCGAGGAAUGAACACGAAGAAGUUACAAGCCACGCAAUUUCAAUGCUCCUGGUUCAUAACGACGGAAGUCCCAGGGACGCAGAUUCGUAUUUCCUUUGAGAAACUUGAUUUCGGGGCCGACAAGAGUUCCACUUGUACACAGCAGUUUCUAGAGAUAAUUGACAUCAAGCUUGGCAAGUCCCAGGGAAGAAUAUGUGGGGAUAAACAUAAAAGGAUUGGUGAUUACGUAUCAGUCGGACAAAGAGUUCGGAUCGAUAUCCAAGGCGAAGAGGGUCUGGUUGAAAAAAUAAGAGGAAAGAAAGAACCUUUCAUUAUAAGCUAUAAACUUGUUAGAGAACCUCCUGGAUUCAGAGUUGGUGGGAGCCCGAGCAAGAACAAGGACUUAACGAGCACAGUGAAGAAAACAGUUGGAGUUGCCGUUGAUAAAACCAAUACACGAUUCACGAUAUAUGGAACAAAGAACCAGCCUGGCAAGGAUUUAACAAAUCUCACUCCAGACGACCCGAAUGAAAGUCGAACCUCUUUAACAAUCUGGCAAGUGGUUAUUAUCAUUGUCGUGGCGUUCGCCAUCAUAUCUUGCAUAAUCGGAGUCGUUAUUAAAAGAAUGAUUUUUGACAAGAAGAAAAAAGAGGAAUAUCUAAAUCUUGAAGCAAGCAAGAUCUCGGAAUCCAACAAAAAAGCAGAUGCAAUGAUUUUACCCGGGUUAGCGUCGAAGAUUUCAAUGGAUUCUGAAAAGAAACCUCCAAAAAGUGAGCACAAGCCAAAGAAAAUUAAGAAGACCCCAGAAACUCCAGCAUAUGAGAACUUGCAAAGAUCAACAUCUAAGCCAGAGGGGACUGUCAAAAAACCACCACAGAAAGUAAAACGGCAUAACUCUCACGGAGACGCUACAACGAAGACAAAAACCGCGAAGCAUCGGGCAAAGACGACAGAGAGACAAAAAACAAAAUGGCCACCAUGAAGGGUCAAAGGUCACCAAGCCAACGAAUGAGUCCACUAAAAACUGGAAAGUAAUGCAGUUGUCACUAAGUGAUACGCCAUCGAAUGAACAUCCGGUAAAACAGCAAUCAAAUCCCAUGACAAAGUCUCGAAUAAGGCCCCAUCCUACUAGCGGCGGAACAAACAGACACAGCCGAAGACAGACGAGAACAAAAACAACUUGAAACAUCGAAGCCAGACAAAAGACAAAUCAUCAGCGACACACAAACACGGCGACAAAUCACGGAAACGGAAGACAUAAAACAUCAGAAGCCUCACGAACAGACGAAAAAGUCGCGUCAAAUGACGGCCAAUAAUCUGACGAAAAAAGACGACACGCCGGCAUCUAGGCCUGACAAGUCUCUUCAAACACAGCCAUUCUAAAACACGAGCAGCGAAACUGCGCACACAAAACCAACCUCUGAUAAACCGAAACACCACAAAAGUAAUCCACACGGUGCAAAAAACUGAACAUCGUAGUAAAGAACACGCACAUAAAAGUGAAGGUGGACAGCAAAAAAGUGAGGAUAAGUCAAAGAAGCGAAAGCCAGUGAGCAGUGCUCACAAAAAAGCUACGACAUCUAACGGAAAGAAAACAACAGACAAUUCGAAAAAGCCUCACUCGAGUCAUCACCGGCACAAAAAAUCUUCGAACGAAAACAAGAAAGACCAUACUGAAACAAAAUCUAAAAGUGACGUAACAAAAUCAGCGACGUAAUUAUUGUGACGUCAAAACUCCAAGUAUUAUGUACCAAGAAAUGGUUGGGCGAAAAUCGAAAUUAACUAGAAAGCAUGUUAAAGUUGUGACACCAA